AUGUGUCUCUGGGAUGUUAAUUGCGAUGUAGAUACCGAGUUCUUGGUCGUAGGCUGUGGGCCAGCAGGCGCCUCUUUAGCUUGCUUUCUGACAUCGUACGGAUUGAAAGGAAUCAUGAUUGGAGCAGUUCCCGGAACUGCCAACACCCCUCGCGCGCACAUCACUAAUAUGGCAGCUGUCGAAUGUUUACGAGACAUUGGGCUAGAUAAAGACAUCGAUCAAGUGUCUUCAAAGGGGCACUGCAUGGUUCACACCAGAUGGUGUCAUAGCAUGGCUGGGGAAGAAUAUGCUCGCAUUCAUUCUUGGGGCAACGACCCGACGCGCAAGGGGGAUUACGAGCUUGCAAGCCCAUGUGACCCUACCGACUUGCCCCAGACACUUCUGGAGCCGAUUCUCAUUCGUCAUGCUGUCCACAAUGGUUUUAAGGUCCGAUUCGACACUACUUUGCUGAAGUUUACAGAGGACGAGGAGACGAAGAUCAUCACAGCCACUGUACAGGACAAAAUUUCCGGCCAAGAAUAUCAUAUUCGGACGAAGUAUCUCUUCGGUGCUGAUGGCGCACAGAGUCGAGUUGUCCAACAACUUGAUCUACCGCUCGAUCGCAAGCCUGGACAGGGUUUUGCCAUCAAUGUCCUCGUUAAGGCUGACAUGUCCCACCUCGUCGACUCGCGCAAGGGCAACCUGCACUGGGUGAUGCAACCCGACAAGGAACACCCGGAUUUUGGAUGGAUAGGCAUUAUUCGUAUGGUCAAGCCUUGGGACGAGUGGAUGUUCAUCUUUUUUCCCAGCAGAUGUGCUGAUCUGAACAUUCAACCUACCAUGGAAGAGUACCAAAAGCGUGUACGAGACUUUAUCGGCGAUGAUACCCCUUUUGAUAUACUGAAUGUUUCUCGUUGGUUUAUCAACGAAGUUGUUGCGGAUACGUUUUCAAAGGGCGAUAAUAUUUUUUGUCUAGGAGACGCUGUUCACCGUCACCCACCGAUGAAUGGACUUGGUAGCAAUACCUGCAUCCAGGACGCUUUUAAUCUGGCAUGGAAGGUAGCCUAUGUCCAUCGUGGCUACGCGGGUUCCUCACUCCUAUCAACCUACACAACUGAGCGGCAACCAGUUGGAAAAGGAAUAGUAACCCGUGCUAAUCAGGCAUUCCGGGACCAUUUUGAUAUUUGGGAUGCCAUUGGUGUCUUGCCGUCCGAUUUGAGUCAGCGGAAGCAUAUCUUCAAUGAGCUCUCCGAGUUAAGCGUCCGAGGCAUAGAACGAAGAAAAAGGUUAAGCCAAGCCAUCCAAGGCACGACUCACGAGUUUCAUGGACUUGGCAUAGAAAUGGGGCAGCAUUACUCUGGUCAAGGCAUCUACGAUACGGACGAGUCUGCGCCAUUCAGUCUAGCUGGGAAGGCAGCCAUAGAUCCUGUCUUAUACUACAAUCCAAACACCUAUCCAGGUUCACGGCUGCCUCAUGUAUGGUUGAACAAGGCGGUUCCCACUACCCCUGUUUCUACCAUUGACAUUGCGGGGAAGGGAAAAUUUGUGCUCUUUACAGGUAUUGGCGGUGAUGCGUGGAAGGGAGCCGCUAGCAAGAUCUCGGCCGAACUCAGGGUGCCGAUUGAUGUUCAUUCAAUUGGCUUCCGCCAGGACUGGGAAGAUUUCUACUUUGAUUGGGAGCGAGUAAGAGGCGUACAGGAAUCCGGGGCAAUACUUGUGCGGCCCGACCGGUUUGUGGCUUGGAGAGCGGAUAUUAUCCUGGGAGAUAGCGAAGCCUGUGCUGCUAAACUCAGCGAUGUAAUGACUUCAAUUUUGGGGUUGUAG